AUGGAGAGCUUUGUCUAUCCCCCCUUCAGUGCCUACCAGGGCUUCAGGAGCAGCCUCACACCAAGCCGUGGCAGGGACCCAGUGCUGAAGCAGCCCAGCUGGAAGCAGAGCAAGAGCAGUGGUAUCAGCCCCUUCCUCGGGGGUCCCCCGACCCCUAUGCCUGCUGACUACCUUGACAGCUACCGGCGGGCCCAGCUCAAGGCCUUGCUGUCACAGGUGAGCCCGGGGCUGACGCCACGGCUGCGCCGGGCCAACACCAAGGAGGUGGGUGUGCAAGUGAACCCACGGGCUGACGUCGCUGUGCAGUGCUCGCUGGGGCCACGCACGCUGCCCACCAGCUGCCCCCUCAGCCCUGCUGCCCUCCGUGCCCGUGGGCCCCUUGCGCUCUACUCACCUGUGCUGGACCGUCGCCUCUUCACGCUGCCUGAGGCUGCAGGGCCCCAAGGGAAGAGCCAGGCAGCAACAGCCACAACUCCUGAGGAGCAGAAGGCCAAGGAUGGCAGUGGAGAGCAACAGGAGGGUCAGGCAGAGGCUGCCCCACAGCACGAGGAGCAGGCAGAGGCCCCGCAGGAGGAGCUUGUGGCCCCCAGCCGGCGGGCUGCCUUCCAGUUCUUGGAGCAGAAGUAUGGCUACUUCCACUGCAAAGACUGCAAGACCAGAUGGGAGAGUGCCUAUGUCUGGUGCAUUUCUGGAAGUAACAAGGUAUACUUUAAGCAGCUCUGUCGCAAAUGCCAAAAGGGCUUCAAUCCCUAUAGAGUGGAAGCUAUCCAGUGCCAGACCUGUUCCAAGACUCGUUGUUCCUGCCCCCAGAAGAAAAGACACAUUGAUCUCAAGAGACCUCAUCGCCAAGAACUUUGUGGCCGCUGCAAAGGCAAGAGGCUGUCCUGUGAUAACACUUACAGCUUCAAAUACAUUGUCUGAUCCAUGUACCCUUUUGUUUUGCACUUUGUCAGUCCUUUGCAAUGUUUUGACUUUAGGCUUUUGACCUGGCAUUGGAUAAUGGAUUAAGAAUUUUGUAUUAUUUAUAAAAUAUUUAACUUUACUG